CGCUGAGGCCGCCCGGCUCCUCGCACAGGCGGAGCGCAGCGGAGGGGUCGUGUAUUGCUCUCAGUGUCAAUUCGGUUUACCGGCGAGGAGAAAAAAAAGCAGCGUUUAGUGAAAUGCCGCGUGUUUACAUUGGCAGGCUGAGCUACCACGUCCGCGAGAAGGACAUUCAGAGGUUCUUCAGCGGCUACGGGAAGCUGCUGGAGAUCGACUUGAAGAACGGGUAUGGCUUUGUGGAGUUCGAGGACACCCGAGAUGCCGACGACGCUGUGUAUGAGCUGAACGGCAAAGAGCUUUGUGGCGAACGUGUCUUGGUCGAACAUGCGAGAGGACCGCGUCGGGACCGGGACGGAUACGGUGGGGGUUAUGGGGGUGGCGGGCGCAGUAGUAGUGGCUACAGCAGCAGAAGCCGCUCUGGCCGAGACAAGUACGGACCACCUGUACGCACGGAGUAUCGGCUGAUUGUGGAGAAUUUGUCCAGUCGCUGCAGCUGGCAGGAUCUCAAGGACUUCAUGCGGCAGGCUGGGGAAGUGACCUACGCUGACGCCCACAAGGAACGGACCAAUGAGGGAGUGAUUGAGUUUCGCUCCUACUCUGAUAUGAAGAGGGCGAUUGACAAGUUGGAUGGAUCUGAUAUCAAUGGAAGGAGAAUCCGUCUGGUGGAGGAUAAGCCCAAACGUCGCCGCUCUUACUCGGGUAGCAGGUCCAGGUCCCGUAGCAGGCGCCGUUCUCGCAGCCGAAGCCGGAGGAGCAGGAGCUCACGAAGCCACUCGAGGUCUCGCUCUCGGUCACGUUCCCGCAGCAAGGACCGCUCUCGCUCAAAGUCUGGAGACAAGGAUCGUUCCCGGUCCAGGAGAAAGUCCCAUUCCAAGUCUCCAGAAAAAUCCCGCUCCAAGAAAUCCCGUUCUCGGUCUAGCACCCGAAAAUCUCGCAGUCGCUCUGGAAGCCGCAAGUCCCGCUCAAAGAGUCACUCGAAGCCCAAAUCUGAGCGAGGUUCUCGGAGCCGUUCCAAGGAGAAGUCUGUGAGUAAGAAGUCCCGCAGCCGCUCCGCCUCACCGAUGGAGAACGGAAACAACGAGCGGCCGAAGUCGGCCUCACGCUCUCCUUCUCCUCAGGAGGAUCGUGACCGCUCUAAAUCACCCGCCAAACGUUCUGUGUCCCGCUCCCCGUCUCGAUCGAAGUCCCGUUCACGUUCCAGGUCUGCUUCACAGGACUGAGGACUUUUUUUUUUUUUUUUUUUUUUUUUUUUCCUUUUUUUCCCAGGGGCUGUUUAAAGUUGAGCUUGCAUUGAUUGUUUUAAGACAUCCGCCUUUCACAAAGCACUUCACAGGUGCUUCAGAGUAGAUACGAUCACGUAUGUUUUCAGCUUGGCGUGAGAACAAAGGAUGUAUUGUAAAUAUGAGAUUUGCAUACUAGAUGAUCUAUAAAGGGGUCUGUGGUAGGCUUUUCCCCCUCCACCUGUCCCCCUUCAUUUAAUUAUUGCUUGUGGAUUUUUUUCUUCUCCCCCCCUUUCCUUUUUUCUUUAGCUAUUUUGACUCGAAUGUCUUUGCUAAGUGAAUUAAAAGGCUUGUAUUGCAUCCUUGCACUGAAGUGUGAGGUUUCAGAGGCUGAAAUAAGCUUAACGGCUGCGUAUGUUCAUUCCUAAGCAGUUAUCAGUCGCCAUCUAUUGAUAUAAAAUGUGGAGAGUGGCUUGAGUUGAAUAAUUUGAUGGGUUACUUCACUGUACAGUGUUACUUUUUCGUUAGUGCUUUGGCGUUUUGAGAUUUGCAUUUGAUGCUUCGAGUCAUAGGAGUUUCAGACCUUUCUACUAUGUCCAGUUUCAUUUUUUUAAACUGAUGUCCGAGUAAUCUGCAGUGUUUUAGUUUAAUAAACAUGAUUGGUUUUCUAUUAUUUACAGAGGCUGAGUGCUUGCUGUUCUGUCAGUGUCUCGUAUAAAUGUAGGUAACAUUUCAACCAAAUGAAAAGGAAUUCACUUGUUUGUUCAUUUAUUUUAUUUUUUUAAUCCAACCCUAAAAAAAAGGUUGCAAAUCUUUUGGGGGUUUUUUUGUAGUUGAAGGCUGCGAACUAUGGUCAAACAGUAUCAGGUGAUGUUAGGGCUGGGCAAUCAAAGUAAUUAAAACCAACCUUCAGAACCUCCA